AUGUUUGUUAGAAACAAGACACUACAGCGGAACUUGCAGCUCCCAGGGUCCACCAGCAACGCUUUCUCUCCUCGGAAAGAGGUGAACCACGAGGGAAGUUUGACUGUAUAUAAGGCUGAGGACAACACGUCCCAGGCAUACUUGCUCACCACACCCGCACGGGAACGCACUGGUUUAUCUUUUGCCUCACUUCAGGUGUUUGUGCUAGACGUGAUGGCUUCUCUGCGCUUCGUCGUUGUUCUUCUGGUGGCUUUCGUCACACUGGCUGCUGUUUGCGACGCCCUUGUGCUGUGCCCUUCCUUCCCCUCCUGCUGCGCCAGGAGAUCGUGUGGGCCUCUGUGCCCCUCGUGUCGAAGCCAAGGAAUUCAAAAAUGUGUUCGCAUUCGCCCCACUGGACGAGGACGUGGCCGAGGAAUCUCCUUCAUUCAUGGUGACCCCUUCGCCUUCCCUGGGAGCGACAUCUUCCCCAACCCUCUGGUCAUUGUUUAAAAUCCUAAAUCCUUCAAGUCCCAUCAGUCCCAACAACUCUCUUAUCUAUAAGACCCCCAAAAAUGAAGGACCUUCCAUGUGGUCCUUCAGUCAGGUGAUCACCAAGAGGUCAUUUCUCUGAAGGGUCCUGCUGUGUAAACAGAGUGGACAUUUCAUUUUGGGGAGAAUUAGAGAAUCCUAGUCAGUGAAAUUGCCUCGCUAAAUCACUGUGACUCCUUAUCAUCAAACUACUUCAUUUCGUACAAUUUCAACGCUUCCCCUCCUUUCAAACUCACUCCAUAAUUAUUUUUUUCUUUUUCAAAAUCAACUAUUCCACACUGGAGAAAUCUUCAAACCACGAGUUACAUCUCAGUAUAUCCCCUAAAUCAUAAAUCAUUUAUUUGUUUAAAUAAGAUUAAAUGUAACUGUGUUAAUGUCCCUAAGUUGUCGUGCCAGUAGGGAGAAGCGAAAGGGUAAACCAAAGAAGAAGAAGAAGAAGAAAACGAAGAGCCAAUCCGAGAGGAAGAGUUAUUUCCAAAAACUGUCGUCUUGGUUUGCCAUUCAAAAGUCUUCGACAUCUGAUCGACGCUGGAUACAAACGGAAUCUCGGGCUUUUUUUCAAAAAGGUGACCUCAGGAGAAGUUCUUUUGACGGAUAGCUCCACGAGUGUCCCUAGGAAGUUUAGCCCACCAGAUCUCCUCCUAGUGCCUCUACAGAUCCAGGAGAAAAACCUUACGUUGGUUGUCUCCCUGGAUGGUUGUUGAUUGUUCCCGUACAUCGUCAAAGAUGAUGUCAUUGUUAUGCUCAGCCAAAGAGUACAUAUUUCAUUGCGUUGUGUGUUUGAGAAUUCAUUGUAUUAUUAUAUUAUUACCAAUGGCCAUUGUAUUGUACUGUUGUAUUUGAUAAAUCUAUAUCUGUGAUACUGCAUAGCAGAAAAUAAUAUAUUUUGUUGACCGGUC